AGUUGUCAAGCAAGAAUGUCAAGAUCAGGUGCUUGGUGUUUGUGGUGUUGUUUGUUGUUGUGUGCUCGUCUUUUGCAAAAAAGAACUUCAAUAGAAUAAACACAAACCGUUUAGUUCUGUAGAUGCCAUUUGUAAAUAUAUAUUGCUGCAUGUAAAAUCGCAGAUAACCUUGAACAUGAAACGGUUUAAAUGUGUGAACUGUGGGGAGCCGGCAGCUGCGCUGUUCAAAACCUACGGGCCUUCAGUUACAAAACUAACGAAAUGUGUAAAAUGUAAAGCAGUUGUUGAUAAAUAUGUAGAAUACGACCCAGUCAUUGUAAUGAUUGAUCUGGUGCUGAUGUCGAAGGAAGCUCAGAGGCACAUUUUGUACAACACAGAGUUCAAGUCAUAUUGGAAACUAUUAAUUAUUCUGGUGAUGCUGGAGACAUAUGGGGUGUGGCGCAGCGACAGCUUGUUCAACACAGCAAUCAAUACUCUGUGUGGUAUCAACGCCAAUAACACAAUUAAUAUUACAUACUUUAACAUCCCUGACAGUAUUAGAUUACCAGAUUCCUGGACUAAUAAUUGCAAAGCUUGGGUGCAGGAGGAGAGAGUGGACGAAAAUGACCUAUUUAUCUGGGAGAAGGAUUUCUAUGUACAAUUUCUGUCUACAGUAAUAGUGUCACCGUCGACGUUGCUGAAAGGCUUCUCGCUGGCGCACGCGAGCAUAGUGCUAUCGUUACCGGCCAGCGUGUGGGGCGCCGAGUACGGCGGCGCGGGCGCGAGCCGGCGCGCGCUGGCCAGCGGGUACUGCUGCCUCACACACACACAUACCGCCACGGUUUUAUACGAGUGUCCGACUACCCUGUCGUUUAUGGUGGUAAUCGCGAGCAACAUUGUCAAGUACACGACACAGUUCCACGUGACGCCAUACUUGAAGGAAUUCAUAUCUUAGAAUAAACAACUACACAUAAAUUGUAUCACAGAGUAUUUAUUUCAAAAUAUACCUUAUCCAAUUCGUAUCUUACUCUAUCUAAGAAUAUAUUAUUCAAACAGUGACCUUCUUUAUGUUCAACGGCUAAAUAUUUUUGAUCACUUUUUAAUAUACCGAUUUUUAUAAUUUAUUUGAUGACAAUUUAUUAACAGAUUGUUAGCACGAACGUUUAUUUUUCUCAUGCUAAUACCAUACCUUACUUAAAGUUUUUACAAAGAUGGAGCUUUAUAUACAAAGCCCAUCACCUGAAAUGGAACGAUGGAGAGAACAAAAAAAAAUUGUGGACCACACAUCUUAAGUGAAACUUCUUUUCUUAAAUAACCUAACAGUAGGCGCUGCAUAAGACAUAGGGGAAUGGAGCAGCGCACGCAUCACUCAUAUAAUGUAUAUUCACGUGUGACGCUAGUAGCGUGUCAGCCUUCGCCGAGUUACCCUCCAAUUUCAUGCUCGUCGGAAAGAGCUGAUCACGCAUCCCACACACAUAUAUAUAUAGUAGUGUGACGCUCGAGAUCAAUUUCCGUUUCAUCUUUUCCAUAGGUUUUUUUUCCAUUUACACCAAAAAGAAGUUUCACUUAAAAACUCAAAACGCCCACGUACGAACACAUAAAGAAAUGGAACAAACAUUCUUGCAAACGAUCCUAGCAAAUACUCGUACCUCAUCCCAUCUGAAGUCAAUUGUAUAGAGGUCAGAAAUAAAGGUAGUUUUUGCGACAGAUGUUCAUAAUGUCCCACCUUUGCUUUGCUGGUCUGCAUUCUUUUCCCUAUAUGACCAAUCAAAAAUUAAUAAGGCAGAAAUAGUUUUGAGUAUAUUGUGCAUAAUAUCUCUGGUAAACAAAAAGGUCUAACUUUAACAAGGCCAUAUUCAUAAUAUCUAUAGAGGACUCACUAUCAGAUGAUAUGCAAACAAACCAAAGGAACUUAACAGUGUUCUGGAACGCAGUUGUCAUAUUGCUUGAAUGAAAAUAGGCUUUUAAUACAAAGAACUAAGAGCGAUAUUCGUAAAUUAUGUGUAAAGUAGAUAGUCAUGGUUUUGACUGUACCAAUAAAAAGGCAUCAUAGUCAACAUAUCAAAUACAGUCUUUAUAAUAUAUUCAUUGUACUUAUGAAGUUAUAUCAUUAGUGUUGGUUGUAACUCUUAAAGAUAUUUGUAUAUAUAAUCUUAUCAAUUUACCUAAUAAUAUCUACAAUUUUAAUAUUCCUGUAUUAAAAACAUAACUUGAAACUAAAAAAAUAUACUUGGAGGAUAUUGUAACAUGUUAAAAACGUCACAUGAGUUUUGUUUGUUUGAAGAGAAGGAUAGAAGGCCUCUGAUUAGGUUGUUUCACUGUUUUCGUUUACCAUAGAUUGUUUUCACUAGUCCAUGAGUUUUUUUUUAUUCUCCGCAGCUUAACAAGGCUUCUAGAAAAUAAAAAAAAGCAUGGACUAGCGAAACGAUCUAUGGUAAAUAAAAACAGUUAAACAAAAUAAACAGAGGCCUAUCUCUCUCUUCAAACAAACAAAAUUCAUGUGACGUUUUAAACAUGUUACAAUAUUGAUAGCAAAAUGACAAUGACAUGUUAUAAAAAUAGUUUAACUGCACUUAAACCUAAACCAUGCAAAAGCCAAAUUUAAAUAAGUAAAAAUAAAUUAACAGACCUUAUUUAGGAACAUUUAAAUCUAUAAGCAAGUGAAAUCUGUGAAAACUGUUGCCCAAUUUUUUUUUAAUUAUAAUAAUAAAAAUAAUUAUAUUACAUACCUAAACUAAGGUCUCUGGUUAUCAAUAUUUAUGAUAAAAGGCAAAAAAAUAUUAUAAACAUAUUUAUAUUGUCUGCAUUAUGAUUAAAUAUAAUAAACACAAAACAAUAAUAAAUAUGGACAAUUAUUACCAUUGUUAUUAAUGUUGCGAGUUUUACAUGUUUAGAAGUCAACAAAAUUAAAUUUCUUUUGCAGAUUGGUAAUUUUAAUUGAUAAAAUAUCAUUAUUUUAACCAAGGAUGGUGUUUAUAUUCUAAUGCUGGGAUUGAUAUUUACUAUUUAAUAUGUAAUGGAAUAUCCAAUUAGCUUCUGAAACAUUAAAAAAUAAUUUAACAGUUUAACAUGUACAGCGUGAGACAACUGUCAUAUCCCUUAAAGGUUCUAAAUAAUAUUGGACAAUGUUAGGAUUACUGUUUUAAAUCAUGUUUCUAGAAGGUAACCACUUUAAAAUUAGACUUACAAUUCAAAUAUACAGAACAGAAGAACUGUAUACAAAUAAUCAUAAUUAGUCUUUGGCCAACUUGAGCAUUAAUGUGAUACAGAAAAAUAAUUCAAAAAUCCAUAUUGUAGCUACCACAUUGGUAGCUACAGUAUGAGAUACGGUCACAACAAAAGUUAAACUGGUAAAUUAACAAAAAUAAAGGGAUUGAGCUUUUUUUUGUGUCUGUGGCUUUCUCUGAUUUACGCAGAAAUUUCGCCAAUGUAGAAACAGAUUAUGGUGGUGUUAAGUCUAUAAAUAAAUAACUAAAUCAAUGUACUUAAAUCUGGCAUUGCCUGAUCUUUCUUUAAUUACCAACCUAGGCAAGGUUUGCAGAUCAUUUGCUUACAUUAUUGUUUUAUUACAGUUAUUUGUUACUGUCAGCUUAUCUUUACAUUUUAAAUUAAUACAAGGAAAAAGAUAUUGUUCAGUGGAAUCUUAGAAGCUAAAUAAUAUACAAAAUGUUAUGUUACUAUAUAAUUGUAUAAAUUACUUCACAGAACUUAAAAUCACAACAGUUGGAAUUCUUAUAAGAAAUCUAUCUAUAUUUUACUAUAUAAUUCAAAGCAUUUAGCCAAUUAUAAUUCUCUAAAUUUUUUAAAAUGAAAACAUUAAUAGUUGAAUACUGAGAAUACCUACAUUGAGAAGUCAUAAUGUCAUAUUCCCCUUACUAUGAGUAUGAUAACAAACAAACAGAAGCAAAAGAAUCCUUUUAAUAAUACAAGCAUGAUUAAUAAUAAAUGCCUUGUGUGCUCCACUAACAGUAAGUCAUUGUAUAAUUUAUCAAACAUAACAAAGAAAGAAUUAUGUUGUAAAGAACAAUAAAAUUCUUGCUGUACUUAAUGAUUAUUAUUACUACAGGUUGCAGCACAUAACUUUAGCGCUGAACUAAAUGGACAGCCAAUCAGCGCAGUGCUAGAGUUGACUUAUACAAUAAACUAUUUUGUGCAUUUGUCGAGUCUCUUCAAUACUGUACUUAUAGCUUUCGAUGCUUACAAACAUUCACAGAAAAAGAUACAAGCAGGCAAAUCUUUCAAGCAGUGAAUUGUAAUGGAAAGUUCUCCAACUAUUUUGACAUAAUAACAAAAAAGAACUUGCUACCUCUUACAGUGAGAUACUUCCAUAACUUCCAUCUGCAGAUAUAAGGCAUUCUCAAGGACUCAAUGGGGGGUCGUCUUGACCGAUCAUAACAUCUUCAUAAGUUGUAGAAUUAUUCCUUCUCAUGUUGAUCUUCUGUCUGAUGUAGUUGGCUAGGUCAUACUUUCUAAAUACUAAAACGAUUCCACAAACUAGAAGUGCUAUUGUGAAAAUUGAGACCACUAUACCAGUCACCGUGUGUCUCGAGGAAGUAUCAGCGCUGGGACUCUCACAGUUAUCAUCCACAAGCGUGAAACCGUCUUUGCAUACACAUUGAUGCGUCAGCUGAUUGCAUACCUGAUUUGCCCCUGGACAUGGGUUCAGAGUGGUCACAUUGCAGGACAGGAUGUGCUCUGGAAUAAGCGCAGUAUAUGAGGUUCAACAAUAAAAAGGCGAUAUCCAUACUUUUUAUGCCCAUGGUUGUUCUAUGCGGCUAUUUUUAAUAUUUACAUCACAAAAUAUUGUGAUAAUUGUUGUUUUAACACGAUUUUUCGAUGAACAAUGAGCUUUUGGCUAGCUAGCAGGUAGUACAGCAAAACAACUGUCAUGUCAUUGAAAUACAAAAUGUCAUCACAUCAUAGAUAUGUCAUAGCUAAAGCGUUUAGUUCUUCGGUGAUAUUUAUCGUUACCUGCAUUCUAAUCCAAUCCAAUGAAAAUAAAUCUAUUUUCAUUAAAAUAUCUUGGAUAUUUAAGUCUAUGUGAAAUACGCUGGAAUAGUUGCUUUUUUUUCAUUUUUAAUAUGUUGUUUUGUUUAUCUAAACGUAUCAUCGCGAUCCAUUUUACGGUGUACACAUUAUCAAAAAGAAUUUACA